GCGGCCACAUCACUCAGCGCGCUCCAGAAGGCAAAUGUUGGCGGUGCGGUUAGCGCUCUUGCUUGGCGCGGCGCGCGCCUUCUACCUGCCCGGCGUCGCGCCGCGCGAGUACGGCACAGGCGAGCGGGUGGAGCUCAAAGUCAACAAGCUAACGAGCACCAAGACUCAGCUUCCCUACGAGUACUAUGCGCUGCCCUUCUGCCGGCCCGACGAGGUGGUCGUGGUGGCGGAGAACCUGGGAGAGCUGUUGCGCGGCGACCGCAUCAUGAAUUCGAUGUACGAGCUCAAGAUGGGCGUCGACGAGACUUGCAAAGUGCUCUGCCGCAAAGAGCUGACGGAGAAGGAGGCGGCGGAGUUUGCGCUCCGCAUCGACGAGGACUACCGGGUGCACUGGGUGAUGGACAACCUGCCCUCCGCGACAAAGUACGUCGACGAGACCAACCCGGCCAAGCCGCUCACCAUCUACGACCUCGGCUUCCCUCUCGGCUUCCGCGGCUCCGGCGAGAUUCCUGGAACGGCGGUGGGGAGGGCGUACCUCAACAACCACCUGCUCCUCACCGUCAAGUUCCACAAGGACCCGUCGAGCUUUGAGGGGGCGCGCAUCGUCGGCUUCGAGGUGGAGCCGUCCUCGAUCAAGCACUCGUACUCGGGCACGUGGAGGCGCGACACUUCCGAGACACUUCCGAGACACCCUUCCGAGACACUUCCGAGACACUUCUGCGGCGCGGCGGAGGCGGUCUUCACGUACGACGUGAAGUGGGAGGUGUCCGACAUCAAGUGGGCCUCGCGCUGGGACACGUACUUGCUGAUGGGCGACGAGCAGAUCCACUGGUUCUCGAUCGUCAACUCGCUGAUGAUCGUCCUCUUCCUCUCCGGCAUGGUGGCCAUGAUCCUGAUGCGCACGCUGCACCGCGACUUCAACCGGUACAACGCCAUCGAGGCGGCCGAGGAGGUGGAGGAGGAGACCGGCUGGAAGCUCGUCCACGGUGAUGUCUUCCGGCCGCCGCAGAACCCGAUGAUGCUCUCUGUCCUGGUCGGCACGGGCGCGCAAACCUUCUGCAUGACGGUCAUCACGAUGGUCUUCGCGGUGCUCGGCUUCCUCUCGCCCGCCAACCGCGGCGGGCUCGGCACCGCCAUGCUGCUGCUCUUCGUCUUUAUGGGCGUGCCCGCCGGCUACGCGUCCGCCUUCCUGCACAAGACGCUGAAGGGGGUGGACUGGCGCACGAACAUCCUGCUCACGUCCACCUUCUUCCCCGGCGUCGUCUUUCUCAUCUUCUUCGUCCUCAACUGCUUUGUGUGGGGCGAGAAGUCGUCUGGCGCCGUCCCGUUCGGAACCAUGUUUGCGCUGCUGGUGUUGUGGUUCGGAAUCUCCAUGCCGCUGGUCUUUGCGGGGUCCUACCUCGGCUACCGGCGCAAGAACGUCGACUUGCCGGUCCGCGUCAACCAGAUACCGAGGCAGGUGCCCGAGCAGGUCUGGUACAUGAGGCCCGCCUUCUCCAUCGUGGUUGGCGGAGUCCUCCCUUUUGGCGCUGUGUUUAUCGAGCUCUUCUUUAUUCUCUCCUCCAUCUGGCUGCACCAGUUCUACUACGUGUUUGGCUUCCUGCUCCUCGUCUUCCUCAUCCUGAUCAUCACCUGCGCCGAGAUCACCAUGGUGAUGUGCUACUUCCAGCUCUGCGCGGAGGACUACCACUGGUGGUGGCGCGCAUUCCUCACCUCGGGCUCGUCGGCGGGGUACAUGUUUGCGUACUCGGCCUUUUACUUUUACACCAAGCUCGAGAUCACAAAGCUCACCUCGUGCUUGCUCUACUUCGGCUACAUGUUCAUCGCCGCCCUCGUGUUCUUCGUCCUCACGGGCACCAUUGGCUUUUACGCGUGCUACUGGUUCGUGUGGAGGAUCUUCUCGGCCAUCAAGGUGGACUAGGGAGGAGGGGAGAGGGGGAAGAGAGAGUGAGAGUGAGAGAGAGAGAGAGAGAGAGAGACCGGGCGGCCGUCGGUGGUGCGGCUUGUGGCGAGCAGCGCAGAACCUGCACACGGACUCGCGCCGCCGCAGUGAUGUCAUGCCUUGCACGGCCCCUGCGGAUUAUGUGUUUUUGCGCACCAGCCAGUAGAGCUGAGAAUCUGGUUUAUGCA